UUUAAUUGGGCUUAAGAGUUAUUCGGGUUCGAUUGAGCCCAAAUGACUCCACAUAAGUUUGUGGAGCUCCAUCUCCAUCCCGCGCUUCUCCGGCGAUGGCGCCGAAACGUCGCCGUUCAAAGAAUGGUGGAAAGCUUUCCAAUCGAAGAGGUUUGCAGCCUCCAAAGAAAGAACAUGAAGAACCUGGAGACGACGAAGGUGUAAGCGCGGCGGUUGAGAAGUACUGGUUUCAAAGGUUCAAUCUCUUCUCCAAGUACGACGAGGGCAUAAGGAUGGAUGAAGAGGGGUGGUUUUCCGUCACGCCGGAGAAAAUCGCCGCCAGGCAAGCCCACCGAUGCUGCGGCGCUGUUGUCAUAGAUGCUUUCACGGGCGUGGGUGGAAAUGCCAUUCAACUUGCCGCAAAGUAUAGUCAUGUAAUUGCUAUUGACAUUGACCCUAGAAAGAUUGAAAUGGCUCAAAACAAUGCAAGGAUAUAUGGAGUGGAGGAAUACAUAGAUUUUCUUACAGGGGAUUUUUUCCAAUUGGCACCAUUUCUCAAGGGAGAUGUGGUAUUUCUUUCUCCUCCAUGGGGUGGCCCAGCAUAUAAGUUGAGAGACACCUAUACCCUAGACCUCCUGAAACCAAAAGAUGGUUAUUCGCUAUUUCAGGUUGCACACAACAUUACACCGAAUAUUAUUAUGUACUUGCCUCGUAACAUGGACUUGAUUCAAGUGGAACAGCUUGCUUGGUUAUCUUCCCCCCCUCUACAAAACCAGAUUGAAAAAAACAAGCUUCAUGGUCACAUGAAAGGCAUAACCGCUUAUUUUGGCGAUAUUGCAACACCUUAAACUCGGCUCAGUUUUAUUCAUUAAACUAGCAAUGUACGCACAAUGUGCGAUAGAUGCCCAAAAUUAUUAGUAACGAGCAGUGGCAUUUGACAAAUGUUUUAUUUUGAAGGACUAUAAUGACCUAUUAUAAAUACCAAAUAUAAUAGGUGGAUUUAAAUCUUUUAAAAUGAAAGGACUCUUUAAACGUGUAAAAACUGGAAGUUUGUAAAGGUAGAUAUACUCCGUAUAAAACUUCAAGUAACUUCUUUAUCAGGCAGUGGGGUUCAAAUGUAACAAAUGCAAAAAGUACUAAUAUUUGUAGUAUAUU